AUGAGUCGCAAUUUCGUCCCUGCCCUCUUCGCCAUUGGCGUCGGCAUCUUCACAGGCUACUACACCUUCAACCCAACGUUCGCACAGCUCCAAUACGAGAAAGAACACGCUCGUCAGUCCUCGGUACCUUCGGGUCCCUCUGUCCCUAAGCAGGACACCGAGUCCUCAGCCCCAGCUAGCUUUGAGCAAGAUCGCAAGUCGUCAACUUAG